UUCUAGCCCCGCCUUAGCCGGAAGUGCCUCCAUGGUAACGGCGGGCGGAUCAGGUUGGGCCGGAGGGGGCCAAGCCACCGCCCGCCCCGGAGCCGGCUGGUCAUGGUAAAGGUGCCUCUCUGACUGACUCCUGUUCAUCAGCUGUGCGCAUUGAGGGUGUGGGAUGGCUCUACAUGGCCUCAGCAGGGCCAGAAGCCUAUAGCCUCGGCCUCCAGAGGGGAAGCCAGUUCCAGGUGGGCCUUUCACCAGGGCUGACAGUGCCACCACUCACAGCAAAGCUUCAUGAGAAUAAGGCUUGGUACCUUGCUAAGCAGCAGGUGAAGCCCAUUUGGCAGCUGGAACAGAAUCAUGUGACCACUUUUCAGGAUCAUCACCUGAUCCACUCAGGGAUCUCUUUGCAGCGUCCCCGCCUCUUGUACCCGGAGUCAUUAUGCGGUGAGGCCGUGCUCCUGAGCCCGCCUCCACCCCAGCCCCACUCCCUCCCAAACUUCCUCGGCAGCACCUUGCUCUACCGACGUUCUUACUUCAGACACAAGCCAUACUGGAGGCUUGAGUCCAUCUGCUUGCAGCCUAGUACUUUGGAGAAGAAACCUUUUCGCAUCCCACCCCCGCUGGCUUACCGCUCUGUUCUCAGCAAGACCAUGUCAUCCUCAACUGUGGAUCCAUUCCUGAUGCCCAGCGCUGCUGGUGAGCGUUCCAGUCCAGUGUCAAAAGGGUUUCCUCUCAGCUCAGGGAAGCAAAGCUCCAGUGCGUAUAGACCAGUGCUAAACAACAACUCUUUCCUGAGGCCAACUAGUGCGAAAGUGCCUUUGCAGCAGCAGCACCAACCUCUGCCACCAGAAAAUAAGAAGCUGAAAGGCUUGUCACGGUCUCCAGGAUUCUCGUGGACCCAUUCCGGGGGAAAUGGGGAUUGCUCUCCCGUAAAUCCCGAAAGGAAACUUGGGAAAGGCAGCAGCUUCACUCUUGAACAAGCGAGUGCCAAAGCUCCCCGCUCCCCUGUUCACAAUGGCCUGGUACUCAAAGCAGAACGGCCCUCUUGGCGACUUGAGGAUGGUGAGAAUAGGUCACAGAACCUGAAAGAGCAAGAUGUGCGGUUGACGGAAGCCAUGAGGAAGCUGACUGCAAGUGGCAUCCGGAAGGUUAGUACGUACAAUGAGUUUGGUCACCGCGUCGACAGCUCCUGCCUUAUGAACGCAAACUUCCACUCCACUCUGUUCAAUCGAUGGAAGCCACACAUUGUAGCACAGAUCACCCCAAAGGAAGUACCAGCUGCCACCUCCCCGAAUCUGGAGCCUGGCAGCCGCCACCAGAGCCUUACAGGCAGCGAAGUUGCCGACGUCUGCACUAAACGCAUCGACCUUCGUUUCCUUGCCUCGAAUCCUGAACCUUCCAGCCACAGCACCUCGAAUCAGUCUGUCAAUUCCCCGUCGGUGAACCCUGGAGAGCAGGUGGUAAAAACGGAGCUGUCCCCACGAACCACUGUCUGUGAGGUAGAGACAAAAAUUUCCUCUCUCCAGUUGGGCACAGAUUCAAAACGGGGGCACCCUACUACUGUGAAAGAUACUGAAGCUGCAGUCAAUCUGCCCCUCCUGGACCAAGCAGAGGUGGAAGACGUGGAGGAAGAACUCCCUGAUGGCUUGGAAGAUGCCUGCAGUCAAGAUGAAGAGGGGGAAGAGGAGGAUGGGGAAGGUGAAUCGGAUGGCUCGUCAUCAUCCGGCUUAUCCCCCAAUGGUUCGGUGGCGAUUAUAUCCAGGAACUGUGUUGAGGGAUUGGUGCCUCCACUUGAGGGCCAAGAGCGAAUUCUCAAGCCAGCUCUCAUAUGCAGCCUGUUCCCCGGUGUGUCUCCCACCCUGUAUUUUGGUACCCGGGAUGAGAGAGGGUUUGCUUUCUUCCUAGUGGAGAAGCUCCCCUGGGAGCAGAGGAAGAUGCUGCGCUGGAAGAUGAGUACAGUGACUCCCAACAUUGUGAAGCAAACCAUCACCAGGUCGCACUUCAAAAUUAGCAGGAGAAACAAUGACUGGUUGGGCUGCUGGGGCCAUCACAUGAAAUCCCCUGGGUUCAGAGUUAUCAGAGACCAUCAGAAGUUGAACCACUUUCCUGGCUCGUUCCAAAUUGGUCGGAAGGAUCGUCUGUGGAGAAAUGUGUCCAAAAUGCAGCUGCGCUUUGGGAAGAAGGAAUUCAACUUUUUGCCCCAGUCUUUCAUCCUCCCUCAAGAUAUCAAGCUGCUGAAGAAGGCUUGGGAAGACUGUGGGAGCCGCCAGAAGUGGAUUGUGAAGCCGCCAGCGUCAGCUAGAGGCAUUGGAAUUCAAGUCAUCCAUAAGUGGAGCCAGUUACCGAAGCGCAGGCCGCUGCUGGUGCAAAGGUACAUACAUAAACCCUACCUCAUUGGUGGCAGUAAGUUCGACUUAAGGAUUUAUGUUUACGUCACAUGCUACGAUCCGCUUCGUGUCUACUUGUUCAAAGAUGGACUCGUUCGUUUUGCCAGUUGCAAAUAUUCCUCCUCCAUGAAAAGCCUCAGUAACAAGUAUAUGCACCUGACCAAUUACAGCAUCAACAAGAAGAAUAUUGAAUACAAGUCCAAUGCAGAUGAAACAGCUUGCCAGGGUCACAAGUGGGCGCUGAAGGCACUCUGGAGCUAUUUGGCCCAGAAAGGAGUUGACAGUGAGGCCAUCUGGGAGAAGAUAAAAGACAUUGUUGUCAAAACGAUUAUUGCGUCAGAGCCCUACAUAACCAACCUUGUGAAGAUGUACGUGCGGCGCCCUUACUGUUGCCACGAGCUGUUUGGGUUUGAUGUCAUGCUGGAUGAAAACCUUAAGCCAUGGAUCCUGGAAGUCAAUAUCUCUCCCAGCCUUCAUUCCAACUCUCCUCUGGAUGUGAGCAUCAAGGGCCAAAUGGUCCGGGAUGCCCUUAACCUAGCUGGCUUUCUGUUACCCAGUGCAGAAGAUGUGGCUUCACCCUCUGGAAGUGCCAGCAGCUCCACAACCAGCUUGAAUAGUGCCAUGAAGGAGAAAAGCAGGCCAUCUAUGGAAUUGUUCACUGCUGAGAAAACAAAGAAAGCUUAUUAUCUGACCCAGAAAGUGCCUGAUCAGGAAUUCUGCUCCUCCAUCCUGGAUGUCCUGACCCCAGAUGAUGUGCGUGUCCUGGUGGAGACGGAGGAUGAGUUUGCUCGGUGUGGGCAGUUUGAGCGAGUCUUCCCCUCACGCGUAUCCAUGCGCUAUCUGCGCUUCUUUGAGCAGCCGCGAUACUUUAACAUCCUUACUGCCCAGUGGGAACUGAAAUACCUCUUGAAUAAGGCCAAAGGGGUGGACCUGCUCAGAAGCUGGUGUCACAAAGGCUAUCUCAAUGGAGUAGUGACAGAUUCCACAGUGAUGUGGUCACUGCCAAGACCUCACCUCUAUUUGAAGAGUGAUCUCCAAGUGAACGGCUUGAGCAAGAUAGAGUCAGGCAGAACCAGCAAAGUCCUUGCCCAGCAAGAUGGAGAGGAGCCAGUCCGAAGCCCUGAGCCAAACCCUUGCACUCAAAGUUUACCUCAGAUUAAAUACACAGCUGGAACUCUCAAGAAAGCCACGCUCCCUCUGGCCCUCAGCAAUUCAAGCCUGGUAAAGUGACGAGGGACUGAGUGAGUGGCCAACUUCCCCUCCCUUGCAAUGUCAGGAGCAGGCAUGCGUGACCUACCUCAGUGGAUGCCAGGAGAGCCAGCAUUGGAAGCAUGGAGAGGACCUCUCGUCCGGCUCACCUGCUACAGAACUAUUUUUUUGGAAGGAGAGUUGGGACACAGAAGAGAUGCUUGAUGUGGUCAAAAGGGAGAAAUCCUCUGUUUAUAGUUUUUUUUUUUAUGGCAAAGGAAGGUUCUAAACACAGAAGCUUGGAAAACCUAUUUAAUUUUAGUGUGAGUUCCUUGUAGUUUAUUGACCAUGCCAUGUUCCUCACCACUUGAGCCAUAAGUGCCUCUCACUUUUAAGUGCCAACAUGUUAGGUUAGGCUGGACACUGCCAACCUCGCUAUCAAUUUCUGAAACGCCCUGCUACCAUGGGGCAAGGUCUUGCAUGUUUGCAGUCAGUUUAAAGUCCCAGCAUUUGCCGUUUAAACCAGCUCCCUAUUAGCCAAACACUGUGGGAAGCAACCUUUGAAAUGUCUUGCAUAACAUUAGUAAAGCAGGCAAGUAUAUAAAGUCCCUGGUGCAUUACCUAAUGAGAAAUAGCCUUGGACAGUCAGAGGUGGGGUUGGUAUGCUUAUUCUCCGUCCAUAUUCCUUUGUAGUUGGUACAGUCUUCCUGAUGAGCUUUAGUCCUUGAAGGUGUUUUCUACUUAUUUUUUACUUUGUUGAGAAGCAGGUCUUCCAGUGUGCAUCAGUGUAGCAUAAGGGAAGCACUGGCGAUGGCUUCUUAAGGUUAGGAGGUGCAUCUCCUUUAGGUUCUAGAUAGGCCUGGUUUGGCUGUAUAACUAAACGUCGCUCAUGAACAAGCUGCUUAUCAGCGGAUUUUUCUUCUCCUCGGAUUAAGCUGUUAGCACACCCGAGAUCACCCUUCAGUUUCUUUCUCCCCUAGAAAUGAUUUCAUUAAAACUUAGCACCUCAUCUUGCUCAGGUUGUACGUGCAUCGUUUUUAAGUACUGCAGCCUCCUACCGCUAUUCCUCUGAUCAGCUAGACAAUGCCUCCUUCUUCCCUGUGUUGCAGGAGAAUUCUGCCCUUUCAGUAUUGGUCAUAAUCUGUCACACUUUCCUUGCUCCCAGUUUGAAUCUAGUACUAGACACUUUCCAGCUGUGUACACAUGUCUGGAAUAUGUUGGUACAUUUGCACUUCCAGCCAGCUGUUAGCUGUCCCGAGGCUUAGGCUGUGAUAGGCUGGUAUGAUUUACAUGAAACCGGAAACCGUGACACUUAAGGGCAUUUCCAAUCUGUGCACUGUAGGAAGCAGCUAGAUUCUUGUCAGGGAUGUCCAGGUCUUGAGGGUAAACCUGGCAACUUUGGCUUCAAGAGAUCUUGAAGAGGAGAGGAGUCCUUUUGUUUCCCCCGACUUUCCAGAAGUUGUGACUAGCAUGGUAUAUUUUUCAGUGAGGUAGUUAGGUCUGUUUUCCAUUGUUUCCAGGUAGCAGUAAUGACAUUCGGAACCCACUGUGAGUACUUCUCCUUGUGCUGAGGAGCACUUGUGUUGUGACUUGGUAAAAACGGACAAGGAAAAGAAGGAGCCAUGGCUCCUAUGCGGUAGCUCUCAAAUAAAUUGCUUCUCCAUCAGUAGGGGCAGUAGGGUAAUUUACUAUGGGAAGGCUGAAGUGCGCAUCCCUAUAACACAGCCCUUUCUGGCCCUAGAAUUUGCCCUAAGUUACAGCAUUGCUUCUGGCGUCGUUCCUGUUUGAAGUAUAUGGGGGUGAUUAACCUCCUGCACUGAACCAGAGAUGUCCCCCAGAUACGGUUGGUUCCUCUAGGCCAAAGAUGCAGGGCACACUUUCCUUGUUAAAAAGUAGUCCAAGUCACAGUGGAGAAGAUCCCUUGACCCCAUAGCAGCAAAGCAACAGAGAACCUAACUUUUACUGUAGUGGUCAUUCGCAAUCCUGUACUCGUUGGGUGACACGUAAGAGAAGAAAAGUUAGGCAAACAUGAAGAAAACGAAGCCCUCUGGUGAUUUGGGGAACAGGCACACUGGAUGCUGCAGUGUUCCCUCCCCCCCCCCCCCAAGGCUUAGUAGUAGUGGAAGCAGUUCGUUUAUCAUUGCUGGCAGUAAAUGCUUUAAGCUAAAAUAUGCUGGCGUUUGGUAUUUUGGCCCCACCCCUUUUGCCUUUCACUCCACCCACUA